UGCCCCAAAAUGAUAAUAGUUUCAUAAAUUUCUUUCAUCAAACCUAAACAUUGAGAUAAAACCAGAAUCAAACAUCCCAUUUUGAUCAACAUUUAGCCAUGUCUCAGUCUGACCAAAGUGGUUCAUUUACAAGAUUCACCAACCAACUCAAUCUAAUCCAACCUUUUCAAAAAGUUAAAGCAAAGAUCAAACACAAGAUUGAUCAAGAUGAUAACAAGAAGUUGGAACAUGGUAAGGUUGAUAUGAUCAGCUCUUUACCUAAUGACAUCCUUUGCAGAAUCAUUUCCUUUCUUCCUUUUGAGUCUGCUGUUCAAACUAGUUUGCUUUCAACUCGAUGGAAAAACUUAUGGAAGAUGGCUUUGGUUAAAGAUGGAAAUAAAGAUGAAGCUGUCUUUGUUGUUCUGAAUUUUGUCAAUGAUUUUCCUCAGCUUCAUCUACCUGCAAACAACUGGGGCCUGCAAUAUAACUUUGGUCAAGGCAGUGUCCUAUCAGUUGCCAUUGUACCUAAGGGUACACUUCAUCUGGAUUUCUCUGCAGGGAAACAAGAAAUUACAAGGCAAUUCAGCUUGUCCUUGGAUAGAAAACGCCACAUCAACUAUCAUCAGCCGUCUCUUUCCACUGCAUUCAAGUUGAAAUCUCUUUAUCUUGUAUCAGUCAGCCAUGUUUCUACCGAGAUGGUUUCUUGUCUGUUUUCAAACAUGCCAUUUCUUGAAAGUUUGACAAUAGCAAGAUGCAAUGGAUUACAGUAUAUACAACUUGAUGGAAAUUCACAACUUCAACAAUUAGCUGUCUUAGAUUGCUUGCAAUUGUUGUCUAUCCAGUUAGAUUUCAACUUCUACUUCAGUUUAAAGUCCUUCCACUAUCGAGGAAGAGCUGUGUCUCUUAAAUAUUACAACAAAGAUCCACUGUACUACUUCUAUUCUCCUGCAAAUGACGAUUCGCCUUUCGACCUGGAAGAUGCCAUGCUUGAUUUCAGACAAGGACCAGGCUACUAUGGCAUAAAUAGACCUGGCUUUAACUUAAUCCUUCAAAGCAUAAGAGAAAUUAAAACUCUUACAUUAUGUAGAUGGGUUUUCAAGGAACUUAUAUGCCCAGAGCUAUACCUUUUAGGUGAAGGCUUCUACCGGCUAACAGAAUUGUGGUGGAUUGAUAAUUCACUGGAGAAAUAUGAUUCUACUGCCUUAAUCUCCUUUCUUAAACUCUGUCCUCAGUUAACCAGGCUCUAUAUCACUAUUGAUCCUAACAGCUAUUACACAACAAACAUAAAUAUGUCUUUGAUCAAGGUGACGAGUCCUAUAAAAUUGAAGCAUCUCAAGGCUGUCAAGUUAGAAGGAUUUGAAAAUGAGGAAGAGGAGAUUAUACUGGCAAAGCAGUUGAAAGAGGUAUUCCAAGCAGAACCACUAUUUAUAAAGUGGGAUGGGACUGUGAGGCAACUAGUAAAAGUAGAUGAGCAGCUAAAGGAAGGGACAGAUGCAUAUGAAUUUAUUGAGAAAAAGGUUGAAAAUCUUCAUGAAUUAUGUCCUAAACAUGUUCAUAUGGACAUCUAAAUACAACAAGUUUUCACUUGUUAUUAUACUUGUAAAUUACUCAUCAAAAAGAAGAAACCAUAAUAUCAAUUUUGUAUGUUUGAGCAUGCCUUGGCUUAAAACAGAGCUGUUACUUUAAGGAAUGAUGCUAACUAUCAAUGUCUGUUACCAUGUAUGAUUGGUCCAUUUCAUUAGCAGAGGAUGUUCCAAGAUUGAUCACGUUGGUGCUUCAUCCAAUUGACAAGCUUUCAUCUCAUUGAAAAAUCCAGUUUCAUUUCAGAGAAGGCAGUAAUGUGGCUACCACUGAAGAUCAGGAGGAACUACAUCUGAAUUUCUGUAAUGGAGGACAAUGGAAUUUUCAUUGCAGCUAAUCUGUAAACCCCAAUUAAUGAACUGGCUUCACGAAUAACUGUCCUUUGUUUAAAAUCAGUAAACAAGUUGACUAGGGAAAUAGUUUCAUUUGUUAUAAAAAACUCCAGAAAUUGGUGUUUUAGGAGAAACUUCCCUGGUUUUGCUCUUUUAUUGAGAAUACCAUUCUUGAUUUCAGAAAUGGUACACUGGCUGCAUUCCUUUUGCAUGUGAAUAUCUUUUGUUUCUUCUAUUGGCUAUAAAAAAUGUCAAGACUCAAUGGAAAAUCAUUUUUGAAGUGGCUAUCUUCGUUCUUUGGGAGCGAAAAGACUUUCUAUUCAACAAUUUAACGGUGUUCUGUUGCGUUUACAGCUCAACAGAAAAUCACAGCACAGCAACCUUGAGUUUGUCUGUCCUAAAGAUCUACCCCUCUUCACCUUCAAUCUUCUUCUUCUCUUCGGGUCUUCACCUUCAUUGUCAAUUUUUCACUACCCUUUACCCCAAACUUUCCAUUUCCACCUUCAAUUUCCUUGUUACACUCUCAUCACCUGCAAACCAACAAGCUUUCCUUUUCAAAAACACCAAAGUUUAGCAGCUGGUUAACCUCUGCACUGUCAAAAUUGGGUAACGCUUCCUUUCUAGGCCAAAUGGGUAUCAGGGUUCUUUUGCCUUGGA